AGAAAAGAGCCAAUGAGGGAGAGAGUAGCUCGUUCUGUUCGGCUGAGACGUGAGGAGCAGCAAGGAGUGGCGGAGGGGGGUGACGGAGUGCACGAGCGACGGCUGAUAGUGCGUGAGAGUGUGCUGGGGAGGAAACCGGGUCGAGGAGUGAACACAGAUGAAGGAGAGAGUACGAGACAGAGCAAUAGGUGGAGCACCGAACACACACGAGUGCAUCUGUUGACUCACAUCUUCUGGAGACUGAGCCAGACACACAGAUAUCAUGGCCAACAUCACUACCACGAUACACCCAGGCUAUCUCCCGGGGCAGCCAGAGGCGGCGCUUCUCUCCCGUGUGUCCUUGCAGGUCCAGGAGGUCUACCCUUUCCAUGAUGGCUGGAAUGUGGCUUGCUUUAUCAUCCUUCUGCUCUUCAUCCUCACCGUUGUGUCUCUGGCUGCUUUGGCCGUGCUCUAUGAGCUACUGGACUGUGGGUGCUGUGCCAAAGGGAAGACACAUCACCAGCUACAGGAGGAGGGGCCGGGGAGCUGCGGCAAGCUCAUGACCAGGAUUUGCAAGGAGCCAGAAUCCUGCACUGAGGUGGUAUAAGGGCAGCUAUAAGGAGGAAGAUGAGGAAGAUGGGAAUUUGGGCUUCAGCUCUGAGCUGGGCAAUAACACAACCAUGACCCUGAUGCCCUGAGAAAAUAACUUCCUAGUGCCCAAUAGUGGUUGCAUUGCUCACAGUUUAGAGGAUGCAGAGAGAGGAGAUAAGGUGACAGAACAAUGUAAAAAAAGUCAGUUUGUCACCAAUUUGGAAACGAAUUUCAGUAAUCAGGGAAUCUUCACACAUUAGCGUUCACUACCACUAACACAUAUUGCAGACACUAAAAGCCGUAUUUGACUCCAGAAACACAACCAGAGAAAAAGAGAGCACCCAAGUAGUUUAAUAAGUGUGGCUAUUUUUGCAUAAAAACACUAAUAACACGCAAUAUCAGCUUGUUGAAUGGAAAUCCUUCUGCCCUGUGAGCACUGCACAUACUUAUGAGCCGGAUGUCAAUGAAAAUGAGCUUCUAAGAGACAUGGUCAAAUGUUGUAUACAGACAGAAUACGCUGUCCAAAUGUAAAGACCUCAUUAUCAUUGUUUCCCAACAGGACCUGACGAACAGCAAAUAAAUGAUCAAGCUUAGCUGGCAAAUGUUGUUACUUUGAAUAAAGCUUGUGUUUCUUUGUUCUUUAGUUAAUUGAUGGCCAGUGAUGUCAACAUGUUUUAAAAUGUCAACAUUAUCUCAAGUCAAGGGACACUUGGUUGCUGCACAGUGAUGUAAUUUAUCAUGUCAUAUUACACACAAUGCCUAAUAAAUUGCCACUUCAUUCUG